AUGAGGGACGAACAGAUUGUCGGUCGCGCCCUCGCGGAGGUGAUGCCCCAGACAACCAAAUACUGGUUUCAGACACCGCAUCUAUUGCGACUGAACUUGAUCCUGCUCAUCCCACUCCUUUCUUCGUCAGUGGCAGGCUAUGAUGGAUCUCUGAUGAACGGUCUCCAAUCCCUUAAACAGUGGCAGGAUUAUUUCGGAAAUCCCGCGGGAGCUCUACUUGGACUUAUCAAUGCUGCUCAAUCUAUCGGAUCCGUCGUUGUCCUUCCUUUCGUCGGAAUCCUGUCGGAUAGAUAUGGUCGAAGAUUCGUGCUGCUGGCUGGCCUGAUCGGGGUCAUCGUAGCUACCAUCAUUCAAGCAACAGCAACCACGUUGGCACAGUUCGUCGUAUCACGUUUCGUGGUGGGCGCUGCGGGAAUGUUCGUCGUCCAGCCCUCGCCGAUGCUGAUUGCUGAGCUCGCGUAUCCUACACAUCGUGGCAAAUAUACAUCUGCUUUCUGGACCAUGUACUACCUCGGAGCGAUUCUUGCAGCCUGGACAACCUUUGGCACUGAGCAACGACCAGACAACUGGAGCUGGCGAAUUCCUACCAUUCUCCAAGCUGGGUAUCCCCUGGUGCAACUAGCCUUCUUCUGGAAUCUGCCCGAAUCUCCUAGAUGGCUUGUCGCCCAGGAACGAACCGAAGAAGCACAUGCUAUCCUCACAAAAUACCACGCAGGAGGUGAUCCUGAUAGCCCGCUCGUAAACCGGGAGAUGAGCGAGAUUGUCCAAGCCAUCCGAAACGAGCGAGCAGCUGCGACCGUCAACUGGGGUACACUUGUAGCCACUCCCGGUAACCGGAAACGUCUUUUCAUCGCCGUAUGCUUGGGUGCAUUUGCUCAGUGGAACGGAAUCGGUGUCGUAAGCUAUUAUCUUACCCUCGUCCUCAACUCCAUCGGCAUCACGGAUUCUUUCGAUCAAACGCUCAUCAACGGACUGCUCCAAAUCUUCAACUUCGCCGCCGCUCUCGGUGCAGCCUUCCUCGUCGAUCGACUCGGUCGCCGAACCUUGUUCAUCUGGAGCGGCAUCGGGAUGUUGAUUUCGUACAUUGUCUGGACGGCAUGUUCAGCAGUCAACAACGAGCAGAACAACAAGGCAGCCGGCUACGUCGUCGUGGUGUGUCUCUUCGCCUUUUACUUCCACUACGACAUCGCCUAUACUCCGCUCCUCAUGUCAUAUCCCACUGAAAUCUUUCCCUACACCCUGCGAUCCAAGGGUAUAACGUGCGAAUUGUUGUCCAUCUACUGCUCACUUGUCAUUGCUGCUUUCGUCAAUCCGAUCGGUAUGGAAAAUCUUGGCUGGAAAUACUACAUUUGUUUCUGCUGUUUCCUGGCCGUAUUCCUCGCGAUUACGUACAUGUUCUUCCCCGAGACCAAGGGACGAAGCUUAGAAGAGAUUGCUGAGAUCUUUGACGGACCCGGCGCUCAAGUUGAUGCGCAGGCCGUCGAGAAGGAACAUGUUUAUGCAGACAAGGAAUACAAGGAGGUGGCUUAA